GAGGUUGCAAAGGGAGGAACUGGCUGGCCACUGACUCGCCGCGAGCGAACAAGGCCUAGCCAACCAACAGUCCAACACUCUCAAAAGCUAAAAAGGGCAGUAAACAUCGUUUCGGACUUCGGUUUCAGGUCAGACUCAGGGAAUCUGAAUGGACAUUGACAAGAGCCGGGGUUUGCUAAGUGUGAAAAACCAAGAUGACAUGAUAUAGACCUAGAUCUAGAUUAGAUCUUGAAGGCUAAGUCGUUUUGUGGUGUGAGAAAAUAAUAAUUUUUCAAGCCCAGAGCUGGAUACUGAGGGCCAGCAUUACUAGACUACAGUUAGUCUUCUUGGUUCAGUGAUCAAGUUGAGUACUGUUGAGCGCGAAGCAUGAGGAUCACCGUUUUCAAAAAUGGCAGCAGUUCUAAUGGACAGGUCAUUCUGGUUCCUCAUACUUGGUGUGCCCUGAGGGAACAGAUAGGAAAAAAGCUUCACGUUAACUUGCUGUGUUUGUUUAAUUCACACGGUGGUCUCAUUGAUGACUUGAAUCUGAUAAGAGAUGAUGAUGUCCUGUAUGCUUCUGAGGGAGAUCCAUUUUGUAGUCCUGUCCCUCAGCAGACUGUGGGCCAAGCUGUUUGUCAACAGGUCAACCUUAAGGCAGCAAAGUCUGAGUGGGUUAUGCUCAAUGUUGGAGGGAAACUUUUCACCACUACGAGGAGCACUCUUACCAGGUUUGAUCCGGGGAGUAUGCUGGCCAGGAUGUUCAGCACUGACUCAGACAUCGAGUGGAGCAGCAGUGUGGACGAGUCUGGGGCGUACUUGAUUGACAGAAGUCCCUUAUACUUUGAGCCAAUCAUCAAUUACCUGCGGCACGGGAAGCUCAUCUUGGACAAAAAUGUCAAUCCAGAGGGUAUCUUGGAGGAGGCGAAAUUCUUUGGCUUGACUUCCCUGAUUGAGACACUGGAAGAUAUGAUUGAGCGGGAUCAGCUUCCAGAUGACAACACGCCCAUCACAAGACGAGAUCUAGUGUUGAGACUUUUGUCCACUCCCACAAACAAAGAGCUAAGAUGUCAGGGUAUGAACUUUUCAGGUGCCAAUCUUUCCAAGCUUGAUCUGAGAUACAUCAACUUUAAGUAUGCCAUUCUCAAGAAUGCAAACCUGACUGGGGCCAAUCUGUCGUACUGUAACUUUGAGAGGGCAGAUCUGUGCAAGGCAACAGUGGAUUCGGCCAGCCUUUUGGGAGUAAAGAUGCUGUGUGCGAACCUGGAAGGCACUUCAAUGAGAGGCUGUUACUUUGAGGACCCAGCAGGAAGCAGAGCUAAUAUGGAAGGUGCACUCAUGAAAAACGUGGACCUUGAAGGUAGCCACAUGGCUGGUGUGAAUCUCCGAGUAGCUACACUGAAGAAUGCCAAUCUUCAAAACUGUGAUCUCAGGGGAGCUGUGUUGGCUGGUGCUGAUUUGGAGAAUUGUGAUCUGACUGGCUGUGAUCUUCAAGAAGCCAAUCUACGUGGGGCAAAUUUGAAAGGAGCAACGUUUGAGCUGAUGCUUCAUCCUUUACACAUGGCACAAACUGUGAGAUAGGAGUUCCCAUCUUUUGCUGGGGUUGUCAAACGUAGUGUUUGAGCCAGCAUCUUGUUAUAAGUGUAGUUUUCUUUUAAAAAGGCCUGUGGAUCAUGUUGUGAGUAUAAUGAGGGCCUCUGCCUAUCUUGUGAUAUAUCUUUCAAUGACCUUGCAUUGCCACCGUACCGUUGCUUAUUGUUCCACGUGCAAUGCAAUGAGAAGUCUUUCAAAUUGAGGUGAAAAGUUUGCUGGAGUAGAGGGGAAAAGAUGAUGUUCUUUGUUUUCCUCUUGUCUUUGUUUUCUUUUCGAAAUGAAAAGAAAUUAUUUUUGAAUGUGGACUUUUGGAGCGUAUACAUUUACAUUUACCAUUUGUCUGAUCUCUUUCUGUUUGUUGUGUUUGUGGAACUUGAUCUCAUUUCCUUCAUGUUGUAUGUUUGCCCCCUGAGUUUCAUGCAAUAACCGCUGUAGUUGUUCAUGAGCUGACGACACCCAGAAUAACCAGGUUUUGACUCUUAAAUUUUUAUAGCUUGGAGUUUAAGUGUCUGCUGCCUCCCCGUAUACCCGCUCUACAUCAUAUGUAAAGCUUCAACCCUAUUUCCUUUAUUUUCAGGUGGUUGGAGGGCACUACUGUUAAGUCCUACUUCUUUUCUAUCCCAAUGUUGUCUAUCUGUCUUUGUUCCCUGCACUAUCGUGUCGAUGUGCUUCUCUUCACUUAAAUUGAAACCUUUUCUUUAUGUACGGAGAAAAAUAUGUUUAUUUUGUUCAUCAUUUGAGGGGAAUAGUUCUGAUAGUGAUAUAGUUUAUUAUAAUAUCUCAAAAGUGAGUGUAACUGAGAAAGAACCUUGUUAUUCUGGGUCAUGGUACAUAUGACCAUGAUUAAUGUACUGGCUGAGAUACUGCAGCCUUGUUGGGAACACUUUUUGGAGAGCAGUUUUGUCUAUCAAUGGAAAUAACCUGUUUGAGAUUCUGUUUUACUUUUUUUUUUAAACCCAGGUCGGUGAUUGCUAUAUAUAUGAAUGUUUUGUUAAAACCUCUAGUCUACCACACCAACACCAAAGUUGUUGCUGACCACUAGUGUUUGAUGAGAAUUUAUAUGUGUAUGUUAUAUACUUUGAAUCUUGUCUUUUUUAAAGUUUUUUUUAAAGAUAAUUUCAUUUUUAUUUUGUUUUGUUUUUUGUUUUUAUUAUAUGAAGAUAAAGUAUAGGUUCUCUCUUUAUGUUUAUAUCUUUAUGUUUUAUAUAUGUAUAUAUAUAUAUAGUCAAACCUGUCCACGAUGGCCAUCUGUUUCAGAGGAGAAAAGAGAUCAUCAAAGACAGGUGGUUGCCUUGGGACAGUAUCAUUAUAAUUAUUAUUUAGCAAAUACGCAAGAGGGAAAGUAGAAGGGGUCAUUUAUAUAUAUAUAAAGGUCGUUGUUAGAGGAGGUUGGUGUCAAGGGCGGGAGCCCAGGGGGUAAUGAAAUGAUGUUAAGGUUCUUGGGAAGCGGAGACAACCUUCUUCCCACUAGGUACACAGUACUCACUGCCACAAUCCCUUUUCUCGCAAGAGUGGUUUCUUUCUCAAACUUUCUUACACGCCACAAAAAUGUCAACAUAAUACGCACAUUGCCGAAUUGCCCCAAAACAACCUACACAAUAGUCGCUAAAUAGAUCCCAGUGUUCUGAGCUCCAGAGAAGAACAGGGUUUAGAGCAAAUGGCAUCGUAUCAGGAUUUAAGCUGGGAGGAACUAGGAGUUGAGUCAGAAUAAUCUCCCUUUACUUUUAAAUCCUGGUUGGAUCUGUGCUGAGUGAACUGUCCCUGUUAUUAAUCUAAUUGACCAAUGAAAGUAGUCCAAACUAUUUAAUUGAUCAAUGGAAUUAAUUGUCUGAACAAUCUGAUAGACCAAUAAAAUUAUUUUAACAAACUGAUUGACCAAUAGAAUUAGUCAGAACUAUCUGACUGACCAAUGAAAUAUGUCUGAACAUGCCUGAAUUAUUUGACCAUUAGCUUUGCUACAUCUGGAGUCCACACCAUCCUCUUGCUGUGUAAUGGUGCCAUGCUUUGCUUUAAACCUGUAAGUGUUGUCAAGUUUUCCAUCGAGGAUAGCUGGUUGUAACCUUUCUACUAAUACCGCAGUAUUACAUUUUUCUUGAUCUUUCAUUUUUAUUUACUUUGUUUCUUAGGUUCUUCAUGUCUAUUAAUUAAUUUUGUUCCUUUUGUUGAUUUGUGCUGUACCGGUACUUGUUGCACCUUAUUGUAAACAAGUAUACUUCUAGCUUUACACUUUGACUUGUCACUUGCCUAUAUAUAUUGAUUGUUUUCUGUCUAUUGUCAUUUUUCUGCUAUGCAGAGGAAGUUGUACUCACAAUGUCAUACAUUUAUUGUAUACAUAGAUUGAUAAUGCAGGUAUGUAUUGUAAGUACAUACUGACUGAUCAGUGUAAGACUCUGUCGUACAUCACUUUUCAAAAUGGCGCAUGGCCUAAUCUUACACUGAGCAGUGGAUACAGGCACACACAUUUAAGCCCCGGUUACAUGCAACCAUAAAUUGUACCAGACUCGUCGUAUGCGAGAACUGUCCGUUUUAUCGAACUGUUUAGUCUGUUUUUACACGCUCCAAUCUAUCGUCCAGUUUUCUUUCGAUCAGGGAGAUUCCUCAUCAGAAAGCCACCAUACACAACUUCACCAUUGAUGAUCAAUUAAAAAAUAAAAUUACUAAAAUUUACAUAAUAUCGCAUUAAAUCAGGUUCCCUGUGAGGUACUGUACUUAUUUUGAGACGCUGGUUCAGAUUAUGAAAUCAGUUUUUAACUGCGAUAAUCAUUGAAAAAAUUUUGAGCCCGAAGUUUAGUCCUGGGCAGCGGCACAGCGCGUCUCCCCCAAAUCUGACAGUGAUAGCACGAAAAAUAUAAAGCAGCACUUGAUUUCUCGACCGAUUCUCCAAGCCAUCGUCUAAUUGUCCAAACUUUGUACAAUUUUGUGGUUACACCUAAUGAUUUGUCUCAUGAUCGAUAGAUCGUCCAGGUUUUGCACAAUUUAUUGUCAUGUGUAACUGGGCAGUUAUGUGUAUGUUGAUCUGGCUGCACUUUUACUGAACAAUAAAUGACAGACUUGAAAUGAUGAUGAAAAUAUGCCUCUUAGUCUCAGGUAUGUGCAAUAUUCAAAUAAAGAACCGCUUGUUUCUUAUCUUUGAAAGUUUUUUUUAUAUUGAAAAACAGCUAGAAAAAACUUUUCUUAAGAUACCAAGGGGAUGCAGAAAGAACAAAUGGACCCAUAACUAAAAGUCAUCUCACCAGUUUCCCGCCUUUACUUGCCUGUGGUAUGUAAGGUAUGGCAAAAAGGAUAUCAUUACUUCCGAAAAAAAUUUCCAGUAUUUUUUUACCUACCCGUUCUCCCUUUUGCUGAUAGACUUAAAAUAUGCAAAUCUGAAAUUAUUUAGUGUCUUACUUUUUCCCCAAAAAUAUUGUGCAGUGGAUGAGAUCAAGGGAUGCUUUGAAGAUUAAUUGUUCAGUUUUAGGCAGUCAAAGAAUGUUCGGUGUACUAGAAGAUGAGUUGCUCUUCGGUUUGACUAUUUUGAGAUUCGAUAAAAAGUUUCAAUAAUGCCGGUUUCCACAUCUAUAUUAACCAGCGUCUAGAGAUAGCGGUUUGGCAAAAGUUGUCCCAUGUAGAAAUGUAGAAGACCCAAGUGGGGUGAAUUUUUAUUAUCUCUUGUCUUUCUGCUGGGGUGUUCUAUCCCUCUCAACCUAGGUUAGCCCUGACAGGCAGGGACGGAGGCUAGCCUCCUUAAUGAUCACGUCAUUUAAAAGAAAUAAAUUUAUAUCUAUAUUAUGGCAGGACAGAUACUGUUCUCUUUCAAUAAAGGAAGUAUCUUAAAGGGAAUGAGUGAAGAACGUUCAAAAGAGAGCUUUCAUUUGACUAGAAUUGAAACAAAUCAUCUUCAUCAGCACCUUGUUGCGAUGUCUUAAUUGGUGUAGAUUGUGAAGGAUAUUUUUCCUUCGUAAGAUGAAGCGUCUUUUGGUGUACAAUCUUACAGUGUACUUUACACAGGUUUAGGAAAGAUUUUUCUUUAGUUUUUUUUUAGGGACCUUGUAUGUACUCCUUGUGAGUUAUCUUCUUUCAAAAAAAUAUCCUCAUCAGUUUGACCAUAAUAAACUUCUUGUGAGUUACCCCCCUUUUCUCCAAUACGGUCUGGGGGUAUCAAAAUAAUAAUGUUAUUAGUCUUGUGUAUCCAAAGAUUGUUUGACCCGAUGGAGAGUUCACCCUAUGGUGAUAACGUUGGCAGUAUGCCACUCUUACAAUGAUGUUUGUUUGUAACACCGUGUUUUAUUAUAUUGAUUCACUGCAUUUGGAAGUGCACAUAUUCAUCUCUUGCCAUGAUCUGUUAGAAUUUUUUAAAAAUCAAGUUACAGUAAGGAAUUCAUGUUUAAAUGAUCUAUGAAUGCUGUUUCAAAACCAUGAAAAGUUGUUUUAACGAACUAUUUUUUUAUAACUAUGUUGCUUUUGAGUGUCUCAUACAUCAAGAAAAGUGUUGUUGUUAGUAUUUUUAUUAUAUUAUUAUUGAGAGUACCUUGUGUUUGCAAAACAUUCCAGACUAAUGGGAAUAAAAAAGUGUAGUGCAUUUUGCAAAUUUA